CCUAAGCUGCCCUGCUAGAAUCAUGCCUGUCCUUUCUCCUCCUCCUUCUCCUCCAACUACUUUUGUUUUAGCUUAUUGUUUGGUAAUCUUCUUGCUUCUUCCGGUUCCAACAAAAUGUCAAACCAAAACCACCAACAUUGAAGCUCGCAGUCCACGCCAACUCUCCGUCAAUUACUACGCGAAGUCCUGCCCUCAAGUUGAGCAACUCAUUGGCUCAGUCACCUCCCAACAGUUCAAAGAAGCACCUGUUUCUGCACCGGCAACCAUUCGCCUUUUCUUCCACGAUUGCUUUGUAGAAGGCUGUGAUGGGUCAAUAUUGAUAUCAUCAGCAAAGCCAGGAAGCAAUGUGUUGCCAGAGAAGUAUGCAGUGGAUAACAAGGACUUAAGAGAGGAAGGGUUUGAGACUGUAAGGAAGGCCAAGGCCUUAUUGGAGAGCAAAUGUCCUGGUGUUGUAUCUUGUGCAGACAUUCUUGCAAUUGCAGCCAGAGAUUUUGUCCAUUUGGCAGGGGGUCCAUACUAUCAAGUGAAGAAAGGAAGAUGGGAUGGAAAAGUCUCAAUGGCAUCAAUGGUGUCCAACAACAUUCCUCAUUCCAAUUCCACCAUUGAUCAGCUCAUCAAACUCUUCAAUUCAAAAGGACUAACAUUGGAGGAUCUAGUUGUUCUCUCUGGUGCACACACAAUUGGUUUUGCUCACUGUGAGCAUUUCAUAAGCCGUCUCUACGAUUAUCGCGGCACUAAGCAGCCUGACCCUGCAAUUGAUCCAAGGCUGCUCAAGGCUUUGAGGAUGUCAUGUCCACAUUUUGGUGGAAAUAAUGAUAUUGUUGCACCAUUUGAUGUUACUACUCCAUUCUUGUUUGACAAUGCUUACUAUGGGAAUUUGGAGGCCAAAUUGGGGUUGUUAGCAUCAGACCAGGCUUUGGUUUUGGAUCCAAGGACCAAGCCCAUAGUUCAGCAAUUGGCAAAAGAUAAGCAAAAGUUCUUCCAAGAUUUUGCAGCAGCAAUGGAGAAGAUGGGAUCCAUAGGUGUAAAAAGAGGACAAAAGCAUGGAGUGAAAAGGAAAUACUGUAACAUGCACUUGUGAUGAAUCUGGAUUUUUUGCUUUUUAAAAUUAUGGACCUGAUAUUAAUUUGAUUGGAGUUGGUCUUUUCUAUUCAAUUUGGCAGAGUUUUGUGAAUUGUUGAAUAGUUAAUUUGUAAGAAUGAAAUACA